UCACGCGUUUGAGUAUCGAUAAGAAACUACCGCAUAUUUCCGGUUGAAGUUAUAAAUAAUAGUAAUGCAAUUUAAAAAUUGUUACGUACUAUAACACCAGCUCGCAUUUUGACCCGAUUACAACAUGGGAGACGCUGUGGAAGCCCUCUUCAUCAGCACGAGCAGCGAGGACAACACGACAUGCAGCGUGCAGGAUUUGCGGACUGGCACCGACCUGAUGCGUUACAAGGGCGGCGGAUGCGCCCAGCACCACAGCCUGGACAUGAUCCACCUGAACUACGUGAUGGCGGCGAACUCAGCGAAGCCACUGCUCCACGUGUGGCCCAUCAACAAGCAGGAGCAGAUGGCCGGAUUGCGGUUCGUGGUGCCCGGCAAAGUCAACGCCUUGGCCCUGACGCCGGAUGGGAGCUUUUUGGUAGCCGCCAUCCAGGAGAACAUCUACCUGUGGCACAUGAACUCCGGCCGUAUGCUUAACACCCUCUCGAAGCACUACCAGGCGAUCACUUGCCUGCGCUUCACGGACAACGGCGAGCACUUCAUUAGCGGCGGCAAGGACGGAGCUGUGCUGGUCUGGGAUCUCACAUUCUCCGCCGCCCCACUGGACACGGGCGGGGGCAAAGAUAGCACGGAACCGCUGUACAGCUUUAAUGAUCACGGUCUGGCGGUCACCGAUCUAUACUCCGGCAUCGGAGGCAUCCGCUCAUAUCUGUACACGGUGUCGCUGGAUCGCUGCUGCAAGGUGUACGACCUGUGCGGUGGCGUCUUGCUGCUGAGUGUGGUGUUCCCAGUGGCCCUGCACAGCGUGAUCGUCAACAAGAUGGAGACCAAGGUGUAUGUGGGCUCCGGUGACGGCAAGGUGUUUGUCUUUCACAUGGAAAAUGCGCCACGCAUGAAGGAAUACCAUCUGGAGGAGGAGGAAAUCCAGGCCUUUGUGGGCCACACACCCGGCAAGGCCAUCACCUGUCUGGCACUGAAUUUAAGCGCCUCAACGCUGGUCUCCGGGGGCGAGGACAAUCAGGUAUGCGUCUGGGACGUGGGCAGCCGGCAGCUCAUCAAGAGUCUUUCCCAAAAAGGCGCCGUAACCAACCUGCGCAUCCGCCUGCUCAGUCCAGCCAUCUUUCUGCCGGAGCACAAGCAGCCGCAGCUAUUCGCCGACAGUCUAAAGCGGAUGAUCAGUCCGCCGGAUGAGAACGAAGGUAUCGAGCUGUUUAUAGAGCAGGACUAUUCCAGUGGACGCAAAACACCAGAGCUGGACUACACCCAAAGUUACCCGGGCACGGAUGAGGAGAUAUUACUCAAGCUUAUAGCGUCCAUGAGUACGGGAAAGGAUAAGAAUAAGGAGGACGAGGACGAGGACGAAGAAGUUGAAGCUGAAUCCGAAGCUAUAGAUGUCGAGUCCGCAGCAGAGGACGGUGAUUCGGAGGUCGAAGAAGUAGAAUCCGAAGCCGAGGAAAUGGAAACCACCAAGGAAGCGGAGUCCGAAGAAUCGGAUGCAGAAUCGGAAACAGACUCACCACAGACAAACGACGUCAACGUGCAAAAGCUGCUGGCCGAGAACGCCCGCCUCAAGGAGGAAUCAAAGCGCAUGUUCGAGAUCAUGUUCAAGUAUAUUGCUAGCGAUGCCGCUGUCCAGGGUGAAAUCGCAGAAAAGCCAAAACGCAAGAAAGCGCGCCAGACCUAGUGAACCUUAAGUUUGCCUUCCUUCAAUUACGUUUACUUAGGAUUUAGAACAAAAAUACAUGAUAAUAGAAAGAAACAGCA